AUGCCCGAACUAUACGACCACGAUGGCAAGCCCGUAAAGCACCAUAUGGCACGGGUAAACGGCAUCCGGAUACACUACAUCACAUCUGGAUCCGGGCCGCCGUUACUGCUGCUUCACGGCACCCCGAAGACGCACUACUACUGGUAUCGCAUCCUGCCUCUGCUCACACCUCACUUUACGAUUGUGGCGCCGGACCUCCGCGGUUUCGGCGCGACAGACAAGCCGCCGGCCAGCGAGGGCUACGAUGGGCGCACAAACGCCAAAGACAUGAUCGGCAUCAUGGAUGCACUGGAAUUCAAGACGUUUGCCGUGCAUGGCGAGGACCGCGGCGCUACCUACGCCUUCUGUCUCGCAGGCCUGUAUCCCACGCGCGUGACGCACCUGUCGUUCUGCGAGAUGCUACUGUCGUCGGCACUAACGCAGGCUUCUUUCUUCACCCGCGACAACAUUGCUGCACAGUAUAACCAGACGGGCGUGUGGAACUGGCAUAUCCCGUUUUUCUGGCUGCCGCACGUGCCCGAGAUGCUGAUUCAGGGGAAAGAAGAAGAGUUUUGGACGCAUUUUAUGAGGAGUGAGUGUUGUAAUCCUUGUGCGUUGGAUCAGGGGGCCGUAGAUGAGUGGGUAAGGUGUGCGAAGGCGCCGGGGGGUACGAGGGGGAUACUAGAGAGUUAUCGGAGUCAUUGGGUGAAUUUGGAGAUUGAGGAGGAGAUUUUGAGUAAGGGGAAGUUAAAGUGUAAGGUUAUGACUGUUGGAGCGUUAGAGUUUUUUGGGCCACGUGUCGAACAGCAGAUGAAGUCCGUGGCGGAAAAGGGUGAGAUUGCUGAGAUUUUCGAGUGUGGGCAUUCGUUGGCGAUUGAGCAGCCUGAGCGGUUGGCGAAUCUUUUGAUUAGGCUUGUUCAUUGA